GCGGUGUCUCGUAUGCUGAGCAGUAGCAGUUUAGGUUUCACCACGCUGCGCAAGUGAACAGUUCCCCGGUGGCCAAACACCGUGUGAUAGUAGCGCCCGGCGGGGGACCUUUACACACACCGUUGUAACACACCGUUGUACUAACAUGGCGGACUCAAUACCGGAACAAUACCGGUAGAAGGUGUGUCGGCCAGGAGGAGGCAAACGGGCUACAGCCACACUUCGAAGGCAGCUAAAUCAGCUGGUUAGUGAAGAAGGGGUGCCACUAACCUCACCCAACCGUCGGACGGCUCUCGGAUUCACCCUCUUCACCCCGAAACUCUCCCAACGAUGAGCGGCGGCGGCGGGACGAAAGACUCGUUCGACGAGCAGCUCGUCGACGAAAGCUCCCAGUAUAUGCUGGACGAUUUGCAACUGGCCGCCGAACUGGGGAAGACGCUGCUCGAACGCAACAAGGAGCUGGAGGCAACACUCAAGUACCAUCAGAGCGUCAUCGAGGACCAAGUGCAGGAAAUAGAAUACCUAACGAAACAGAAUGGCGCGCUGCGCGAAGUGAACGAUUCACGUAUGAAAAUUUACGAACAGCUGGAAGUGAGCAUCCAGGACCUGGAGCGCGACAAGUACAAGCUAGCGCUAGAGUACCAGGCGGAAAAGAAGCACGUUAAACAAUUAUGCUGCAAUAUCGAGAGCCUGGAAACCAAAGUGGAGGAGCUGACCAGGACGCUCGAGGAGGUACGCAGGCAGGCACAGGCAGAGCGGCGCAGCAAAACCGAACGAUCGGCCACCCUGUCGCCGGACGCAAACGCGCCGGUCCAGUGGGAUGUGGAGCUAAAUGCCAAACGCAGCGGGUCCGUCGCCAGUCGGAACAGCGACACAGAACAGACGGCCAACGUGGCGGGUCACCGGAUGCCCACGGUGGAGCCUUCCGGUCCGUAUUUGCCAUCCGCCGAUUCCGCCGUCAGUGGGCCAGGGAGCGGGAUUGACGAGGGCGCGGAAGUGCGAGCUGACCGAGGACACAUCGAGCUAGACGAGCUGCAGCGCGGCAGCGAUGAGGUGGACGAUGAGGUGAUCCGCAUGAUACAGGCGCUCGAGCGAACGCAGAAAAGCUUUAUGCUCGAGCAGAGCAAAGUGGUCGAGCUGGAGGAGCAGCUGGCAGCCAUCGCCCAGGAGAACCAAGCGCUCCAAAAGAAGCUGAUGCAGGUGCACCCGACCGAGGAGAUGAUAUCCGUGCAUCACGAGCUGUCGGUUUUGGACGAGGUUAUGCAAGGGCAAAUGUGCACGAGGUGUUUGCGGGGCUUCGAGGAUCGUCCGGAUGGGGACUCAAUCAUCACCGGCACCGAAGACGAUGACCGCAGCCUAAUCGACCUCAUCGAGAUCUCCGACGUGCCACGGAUGUACCGGUCGUCGAUAAACAUUCAGCUCGCACCGACGAAACCGGACAGCCUGGACCUGUCGGGAGGCGCCAGUGCCGCCGCCAACCCGUACCGGGAGCUCGUGGAAAAGUACGAAGCACUGCUCGAGGUGCACCGACAGCCGGCUCCGGCGGUACGCAAGACUGCCACCGGUUCCGGCAACAACACGCCCGUCGACAGCUGCCAACCACAGGAGUUACCAAACGGUGGCGGUGGUGGCGCCAGCAGGGGAUCCUUUGCCGAUCCUCCGCGCUACUUGAUCGAGAUCAAUCCACCGCUGAUGGGCGAUUCGGCGUACCACAGUCGGCGACGACCAUCGGACGAGCAGCGGCCGCCAACGGCCGCCGCCGUCACUGGCGCCGCCGUCGCCACCGUACCCGCGAAAGGCGCCCCUCAGUCGGAGUACUCGGAGACGGAGACCGCUAGCUCGGGCUACUCGGACGAGGUAAGCAACAAGGCCACGCAGACGGACGAGAGCCCGCGCAACUUCCUGUGCACGAUCGCGGACGGUAAGGAUUGGCGGUUCAGCAUCUACGAGGACCAGAGCGCGAUCGACUCGCGGUUCCGCUUCAGCCCCGCUCACCGCGAACUGUUCCGGGAGAUUUUCAGCGUGCUGAAGCGCGCCGCUGAGAACCGGGACGAGGGCGAUCAGCUGCCCCUGCUCGACGAUACCAAGCCGCCGGCCCCAUCGGUGCCAGUGCCGGUGCCGCCGAUGGUCGGGCUGACGGCGUCCCGGGUGCCACCGGUUACGCCGGCCAACGAGGAGCCACCGAGCGAGUUCGGGGACGGGGACGAUACCGCCAGCUUCAUCACCACUACGUCGUCCGCCGUCAGCGAACAGUCGUUCGCCAUGUCCGAGUGUAUCACCAAAUCCGAGCGCCGCAAAAUGGCGCGCCAGCAGCACCAAUCGUCGGCCACCCUGACUACCGGUGCGGCAGGCCAAGCAGACGGGGACGGAGCAAGCGCAGUCGGCCAGCAGGCCGGCACGCCAGGCAUACUGCCGCUCCCGCUCGAAUACCUCUCGGUGGCGGUGGGUGUAAGUAAGCGCCGCUCUCGUCGCCGACGCAGCCAUCGCACCCCACCCGGUGCCGACGCAAGCGGCCAACAGGUGGCGGCGCCACCGGCGGCCUCUAUCGCACCGCAAACCACACCCCGCAGCCACGGGCGGAAGAACCGGUACCGGCCGUGGAACCCGGACAAGGAUGGCGGUGGCCCACCGAUAUCGGUGGGUGUGGGCGUUCCGGCUUCCGGCCGGCGGACGACCACCAAAUGGGACGGCAGUACGAUGACGAUCUACAACCGUUGCCUCAAAUCGCCAUCCCUCUCGCCAUCGGCAGCGGCGGCGGCGGCGGCGGUGGCCACCUCCUCCACCCCGGCGACUGAACGCAGCCACAAACCCCAGCCAGCGGCCAGCAGCAGGGCAGCCAGCUACGCAGGCAACCGCUACGCCGAGCUGGCCGGCGGCGAGGACGACGGCAGCGAGAUCGUCCAGUUCACGCCGUCGACCGCAUCCCAGCACCUGCACAAUCUACAGAAGCUCGAUCUGUCCUACGCGGAGGUGCUGCGCCGUGCCGACACCUGCCAUCCGUAUAAUGUCUCCCGACGUCGCCACCAGCAGCAGCAGCAGCAGCAACCGCAGCAGCCACAAUAGCACUAGAGGCUCUUCUCCUUUCUCUUUUAUCAC